CGCUCUGACGGUCGAGACCGACGAGAAUAUUACAGUAUAAGCACAAACACUCCAUAUAACAGAAGUGACACGGGCCAAGAAGCAAAGGUGGAACAGGAAAAUAAGGAAUAAAGUGACGAAAGAAACAAGGAAAAGCAGAGCAGUGUAUCUCAUCCACUGCAACACUCAGGUCAGAACAAGAACACCAAGAAAAAGAAGAACAAGGAAAAGCAAAAGAAAGGGAGAGGAGGAAGGGGAGGAGAAGAGGAGGAGGAGGAGGUAGGAGAUCAUAAAAAAUCUUGAUCUUCCUACUUCUUCCUAACUUCAUUUACACCUCUCCUUAUUCUAGUCUUUAUUUCUACCUUGCUGGAUUCUUUGCCAUGCACUACCUAAUGAAAUCUUAAUCUGUAUAUUCUCUUUCUCCUUCUCCUCUUCCUCCUCCUCCUCCCCUUCUCCCUCUUCUCUCCUCCUUUCCCCUCCUCACCUCGUUAACCUCCAUCCAUCCAUCAUUCUAUCACCAUUUCAUUCCCGGUAUCCUCUCUUUUUUCCUUCCCUCUCUCUCUCUCUCUCUCUCUCUCUCUCUCUCUCUCUCUCUCUCUCUCUCUCUCUCUCUCUUUUUGUCCUUCAAUCCUUCUCUGCAUUUUUUCUCUCCUAUCUAUGACAGGUUAACAUCAGUUUCCGCCAUGCUGCUUAAUUUUCCUUCCUCCUUUUCUUCCCCAUCCUCUUCCUCUUCGUUCUCUUUCUCCUCCUCCUCCUCCUCCUCCUGCUCUUCCUCCUCCUCUUUGUUCCCUGGCACCACUUCGCCGCCACAACUUCGGACGCUGUAAGAAACCAAGAUGAUGCUGGCUCGCUUGGCCAUGUGGGUGGCUCUCCUGCACGCCUACGCCGCCCACACCACGCACUCAACCCACAACCACCAAGCCCACGGCCGCACCUUCACCCUCGGCUACCUAACGGGCUCCGACAGGUUGCCAGAAGACCAGGAAUACAAGCGACCUGGUCUUCUCAUCUCAGGCGCCAUUACUUUAGCAGUGGAGGAGGUCAACAACGUGUUCCCGCUGGUGCAGGGACAUCGCCUCAACUUCACGGUGGCAGAGACGUAUGGCCGGGAGGAGAAGAGCAUCCUUAACACGGCACGACUCUGGAUCUCAAACAUCUCAGCCUACAUCGGACCUCAGGAGACGUGCGUUCAUGAGGCGAGGAUGGCGUCGGCGUUCAAUCUCCCCAUGAUCUCCUACUUCUGCACGCACCCGGAGACGUCAGACAAGACUCACUUUCCAACCUUCGCCAGAACCAGACCCCCUGAUACCCAGAUUAGCAAGUCCGUCACUUCGGUGCUUAAACGCUUCAACUGGAGGAAGGUCACCUUCUUCUACAACAACUCUCCUGAUGACAACUUUGCUCGAGUGGCGCAGACGAUUGAACGCACCUUGCCUCUUCACAACAUUACGGUGACGGCCACCAAGACCUGGGCCGCCACUUACCACCACGGCUACGACAACAACCCAUUCAAGACCAUGAUUCAAGAGACAUACAUGGACAGCAGGAUUUACGUGGUGCUGGGUCAUUACUACGAGUUCCUGGGACUAAUGACCAUAAUGGAGGAGAGAGGACUUUUUCGGAAAGGCGAGUACUUCGUGGUGGGCGUGACACUGAGCCAGUACGACAAGAACAAGCCGGACAAGUACCUGCGAGACCUGCUCAACGAAGACACCAACUCCAUCGUGCAGGCAGCCUUUCAAAACUUCCUGGGCGUGGUUCCCUCCCCGGCACCCAUGUUCAACAAAUUCGCCUCCAACGUGAACGCCUUCCUGGAAAAGCCGCCCUUCAACCACCCCAACGCCGUGCACAAGAUUGGCGGCAUGAAGAACAUUCGCGCAGAGGCCGCCUUUCUAUACGACGCGGUGCACGUGUACGCCAGAGCCCUCAACGAGACACUCAAGAAAGGCAGCAACCCCAGGAACGGCAGUGCCCUCGUCGCCACCAUCCUAGGCACCAGCUACAGGAGCGCUAUGGGCUACAUGGUACGGAUGGAUGAGAAAGGAGACGCCGAAGGGAACUACACUCUGAUUGGUCGCCAGAAGCACCACUCCACCCCGGGGGAAUACGGCCUCUACCCUGUGGGGGGCUUCCGCUACUCCGUGGGGAAUUACAAGGGCCUUCCGGAGCUGCACCUCACCUCUCCAAUUCCCUGGAAGACUGGCGUGCCCCCAAUCGAUGAACCUCCGUGCGGCUACCGAGGUCUCAAGUGCCAGUCUCAGACUGGAGAAAUCAUCGCAGGAGUGACAGGAGGCGUGGUUCUUCUUCUCCUUGUUGUCUCGCUCAUAGCCUACAGGAACUGGCGCUACGAGCAGGAGUUGGACAGUCUGCUGUGGAAAAUUGAUUACAAGGACAUCAAGAUCAACGACUGGACGCCAAACCACAUCCCGGCGGCUAACAAGCUGUCCAGGGGUCUGUACGCCACCAUUAGGAGUAGCCAGCUGUCCCUCAAUAGCAACCUGGACUUGGACUACGCUAGUGUCCACACCCAGCUGGGCACCCUCCUCCGUAUCCGAGACCUUCGCCACGACAACCUGCUGGGGUUCGUGGGUGCCUGUGUGGAUCCUCCCAACGUGUGUAUAGUCACCGAGUACUGCUCCCGCGGCUCCCUCAAGGAUAUCCUAGACAACGAGGACGUGAAGCUUGACAACAUGUUUAUUGCUUCCCUAAUUGGAGACAUUGUGCAGGGCAUGAUCUACCUGCACGACUCGUCUGUCAAGUCACACGGGAACCUCAAGUCCUCAAACUGCCUGGUGGACUCCCGCUGGGUGGUCAAAAUAAGCGACUUUGGCCUGCACGAGCUGAAAUCUGGAUACGAAACGACGUCGCUGGCAGAGGCUGGAGAGACGCAGAGGAAGUGUACAGAUCUCUUGUACCGCGCCCCAGAGCUCCUUAGGGACACGUCCGCGCCUCCCGGAGGAACCCAGAAAGGCGAUGUGUACUCCUUCGCUAUCAUCCUGUACGAGAUCCACGUACGCCACGGACCCUGGGGCACCACGGACCAAAGCCCUCUGUCCGUGAUUCGCUUGGUAAUGGCAGGUCCCCAAGGCUCCACCUUCCCCGUCAGGCCGUCUCUGGAAGCCAUGGAGAGCUCACUGGAUUGUGUGCGUGUGGUGUUGACCGAGUGCUGGGCCGAGAUACCCGAAGAGAGGCCAGAUUUCAGAAGCAUUAAGAUCAAACUGAGACCAAUGAGAAAAGGACUGAAGCCCAACAUCUUUGAUAACAUGCUAGAAAUGAUGGAGAAAUACGCCAACAACCUCGAGGCGCUGGUAGAUGAAAGGACAGACCAGCUGAUCGAGGAAAAGAAGAAAACGGAGGCGCUGCUGUACGAGAUGCUACCGCCCUACGUGGCUGAGCAGCUCAAGAGGGGACGCAAGGUGCAGGCAGAGAGUUUCGACUGCGUCACCAUUUACUUCAGCGACAUCGUGGGCUUCACCGAGAUGUCCGCCGAGUCCACGCCCUUGCAGGUGGUGGAUUUUCUGAAUGACCUGUACACCUGCUUCGACUCCAUCAUCGGCCACUACGACGUGUACAAGGUGGAGACGAUCGGGGACGCUUACAUGGUGGUAAGCGGGCUACCUAUACGCAACGAGGAGCAGCAUGCGGGCGAGGUGGCUUCCAUGUCCCUCCACCUGCUAGACGCCAUCAAGAAGUUCCAGAUCCGCCACCGACCCACCGAUACCCUCAAACUGCGCAUCGGACUCCACUCAGGCCCUGUGUGUGCCGGCGUGGUGGGCCUCAAGAUGCCGCGCUACUGCCUCUUCGGGGACACUGUCAAUACUGCCUCGCGCAUGGAGUCAUCGGGGCAAGCCCUCAAGAUCCACUGCUCCGUGCUGUGCCGCAACAUCUUGGCCAAGGUGGGCGGCUACAUACUGGAGGAGCGAGGCCAGGUCAAGGUGAAGGGCAAGGGCGAGAUGACCACCUACUGGCUCGUGGGUGAGGACCCGGAGUGGAAGCGGCGCCGAGAGAAAACGAGGCGUCAGCGCGGGUUUUAUCCCGCUAGGAACGGCUGUGUGGGCGGGGGAGGUGGCAGCUCUAUGGGCAUUGGCGGUGGCGCGGCCCGAGGCUCCUUGCGCUGUGUGCGCACGCCCGCCUCGCCGCUGCCCAACACACUCAGUCUCGAGUCCCAGAAGUUUCUGAAGUUCACCAUUUCGGACGAACUCGGGAUCCACUGCACACACGAGGUUGCCACCCAUGAAGCCUCGCCGCCCGCACCUGCCUCGCCCGCUUCCGAUGACGGCGGCACAAUGCGCCGUCCCGCUCUUGAGGCCAAGAGGAACUCCUACCCAUGUAUCAAAGAAUCCCGUGAUGGCCCCCGCCGUAGCCGUGGCCAGUCCUUGGCAGGGCCACGAGACGACUGUCCCUUGCUGGCACAUGCCGACCUGGCGCCCUCGCCUGGUUCCUCUUUCGCUGGCUCCGGUGAAGAGGAGGCACUCGCAACCAGCCGCCGCACAUCGGUCAGCGAAGUGUGCGCGUCGCGGCCUCCCAGCAUGAUAGAUCAUGGGGGUGACGGGCCGCCCCCUACCCCUGGAGAGCCGCCGCCAGGCCCUUCUAGAUCUAACAAGAAUCAGUCUGAGUCCCACGAUGCCGCCCACCUCUCCCCAUCCGCCCUCGACUUGGUGCUCGCGACGCCGCCCUGCAGCAAUGUGUGUGGGCGGACAAUUAGCGGGGGCGGUGCCCUUACUAAACCCCGCUACAACCUGGCAACAGGAGGAGGUCGGUGGUUGCCCCAGGGUCGGCGGGGUAGCUCGACCGACGGAGACAACAUGUCAGGGGUGGCAGCAGGAAAUGAAAGUAGCGACGGAAGGACUGCUCGAUUACGUUACUGCGGGCGCCAAGAGGGAAGCUCCACCGCUGAGUGCGAGGAAUCGGCACCGCUCCUGGCUGGUGUGGCCAAUUAUCGCAUCAUUAACGAGCUGCGGACUCCGCGCACCCAGCCCGAGAGAGAGACGCCCGUGUGACUCACUCACCACCCAGCCUCGCCCCGCUCAGGGGAACGAACAUUAUUACAAUGUUACGCUCUUGCCCAACCCACGAUGCUGCGCAACUCCUGCACGAAUGAGGUUAAGACAGGGCAAAAUGUGCAAUACCACGAAGAGCCGGGAGGACACGUCUGGAUGUGAUGAGACGCCUGGCGACCAACAAUUACAUGUUAGUGUAUGAAGUAAAAAGUGAGUGGAAGAACACUCGUGCUUGUGAAGGGACGAAACUGAGGAAUGAUGAGAUGGAAAAGUUACUAUAGAAUAGUUGUGUGGGGGAUAAAGAACUAAAUUAUCACAUUGAGUAAAGGUGUGGCGACGCUAAGAACACAGGUGUGGUGGUGCAUGCGGUGAGGUGAGGUGGUGUGGUGGCAUAAAGGGACGAAUACUUUGUGUAUUGAAAGAAAAUAAAGACACUUGAAGUGUACAUGUGUGUGUGUCAAAGCAGUUAUGUGAUGGCUUUCCUAUUCACGUUUAAUUCAGUGGUAACGUAUGCACACACACACACACACACACACACACACACACACACACACACACACACACACACACAAACACACACGUGCGCCCGCGACACACACAGACAGACAGACAGACACACACACACACACACACACACACACACACACACACACACACACACACACACACACACACACACACACUGCACCGUGAAUGUUGCCAAAAUAUAUAAUAAUACCUCACAACGUUUCUUGUGUCACUUAAAAGAAAAAUAGAAGUUCAAUUAUUUAUAUAAAAAUAAUAUAAAAAAAUAAAAGCAUUGAUGAUCUAAA